GACAGACUUUGUGUUUGCACAGUAAAAAACAGCAGUAGAGGCACUGUCAGUGCGAGACUCAAGGACUGUAAAGUUGCUCUGAGUUGAGCACAAAAAGGCAGUCUGUCAGUGUCCUCAGAGCUGUCAUGACAUUGUGCAACAAGCAGUGGUUCAAGCGAACUUGCCCCGCACAACUUUGUGGUCCUUGCAAUGGAAUUCAAGCAAGUGAGAUUCAAAGAAUACCCAAGUCUUUGCGCUUCGUGGGCACUUGACAUCGGGGACAGAGCUGCUUUUGCCGGACCCUCUAAUUCAGGCAAGAGCCUUCAAAUAGACAUACUCUCCGGUGAAGCACCUCUUCUAUCUGGACAUGUUGUUUUUCAACCAGACAUUUGCCGACUUGCAAUAUUGCGCAGUGGCUGGGUGGCCAGCGACAAGUGCUGCACUGUGAGGGAAGAGCUGAGUUCUCUUGACCCUUCCGUCCGUCGUGGAGAGUUUCUUUUACAUGCAAGACCAUGUUCGUUGGUCGUGGACGUUGUGGGCGGGCCAUGUUUGACGGAGGCUGGUCAGACAAGCCAAGUAGAAGUCGACCGAGUCCAAAAGUGCAUGGAAGACUUUGAACUGGAUGGAGACGCUUCUUUAUGUGAUUUGUGCCAGAGCGACCUAGUGCGCGUGUCAGUGGCCAAACUAAGCAUGCAACAGCCAGAUGCCCUGCUGCUGGAUGAUGCGACAGAAGGUCUGGAUGCUGCAAGCUGCAACUGGCUGGAAGACUUCUUGGCCUGUAAGACUUCCUUCAAGAUCGUGCUUGUUGCAUCGCAUGACCGUGGCUUUAUGGACAAGGCCUGUAACAAGGUCAUCGCGAUACAACGCCAUGAAACGAAUGUGUCAACGCAUGUGUUCAAUGGCAACUACACGAGUGCAUAUUUGGCUGGUGGCGACUUUCUCCACUUCCACUCCUUCAGUCUUUGGCAGCCAAAAUCCUCAGGACUGCGGGCAACUCAAGCAGCUAGCGGCUUUGCAUCCUUGGUUGCACGGGAUUUGUGGGAUCAGGAUUUGCACCGAUCUGUGACAGUUGUUGAUGUGGGAACUGGAACAGGACUCCUUUCUUUGAUCGUUGCGCAAGAAUGGCAGCGUUGGCAGAAGGAUCCGAAGCCUGACUUGGAACUAUGGGCUAUUGAGCUGGACGAACCUGCUGCGAGAAUAGCUACAACCAACUUUGCUUCAUCUCCCUGGCAAGACCGCCUACGCUUUGUACAUGCUUCAUUUCAAGAUUGGACUCCUGAAUGGCAAAGCAAUCCGCCAUCUGUGUUCCUAUGCAACCCUCCAUACAAUGAUGACCUGGUAAAUUCCAGAGCUGGGAGUGAAGAAGCGAUUCUUUCACGAACACGUGCAUUGGACAGGUCUUUUCUCCCUUUGGAGGUCUUGUUCGAUGGAGCUAGGAGACAAGGUUGCAAGACCCUCUGGAUUUUGUGGGGCAAUGCUGAGGAUGCUCCGGUCUUGCUCGCCGCUGCUCAUAUUGGCUGGCAAGCAACUCGGCAGAUCAGAUUUCAACGUAACCCCCACAGCAUUCAGCCAUUUGCAACUGCGUGGAAGUUUGAGCUGGACACUUCCAAAGCUCCACCGGCUUGUAAGCCAGAGAGAAUCUUCUGGCAAGACCAUGAUGGGACUCCAUCAAGCGCUUGGUGGGAACUUGUUGGAUCUUUGUACUACUGGCACUUGCGCGACAAAAGCAGAACUGCGCAGAAAAGUCCGACUGUUUUCAUUCCUUCUUCUGCACAGUCAGCUCCUUUGUGA